UUUGUAUAGUCUUUCUCAUGCUCUGUAAUCUUUAAUCUGAAGUUUCAGAUCAAUCAGUGUCGGCUCAUCAGUUGCAUGCUCUGAUCAGGUUUUUGUUUGCCCCUUCAAUUUUGGAAAAGACCAAAGGACCAAGAACAUUUAACGAUGACAAAGAAGAGCAAGCCCGAGUUCCCUCUUGAUUUCAAUGCUUACAAGCUCAUAUGCAAGAUCGGUGUUGGUGUGAGUGCCACUGUCUACAAGGCCAUCUGCCUUCCUAUGAACUCUGCGGUCGUUGCCAUCAAAGUUAUUGAUCUUGAUCAGUCACGUGCGGAUUUCGACAGUGUACGGAGGGAAACCAAGACGAUGUCUUUGCUUUCACACCCGAAUAUUCUCAACGCAUACUGUUCCUUUACGGUUAGCCGGUGCCUUUGGGUGGUUAUGCCAUUCAUGUCCUGUGGCUCUCUUUAUUCCAUCGUCUCGUCUUCCUUCCCUGAUGGGUUACCUGAAAAUUGCAUAUCUGUCUUCCUUAGGGAGACUCUGAAUGCAAUUUCAUAUCUCCACAAUCAAGGCCAUCUUCAUCGUGAUAUCAAGGCUGGAAACAUCCUUGUAGAUUCAGAUGGAUCUGUGAAGCUCGCUGAUUUUGGGGUGUCUGCAUCAAUAUAUGAACCCUUGACGUCAUCAGGCACGGGAUCAUCAUCUUUAAGAUUGACUGAUAUGGCAGGGACGCCAUAUUGGAUGGCUCCAGAGGUAGUUCAUUCUCACACAGGGUACGGGUUUAAGGCGGAUAUAUGGUCAUUCGGGAUAACAGCGUUGGAGUUAGCACACGGGAGACCCCCAUUGUCUCACUUACCACCAUUGAAGAGUCUGCUCAUGAAGAUCACAAAACGAUUCCUUUUCUCCGACUAUGAGAUCAGCACAUGUGGGGGGAAGAAGGGUAACAAGAAAUUCUCAAAGGCUUUCCGAGAAAUGGUGGGUUUGUGCUUAGAGCAAGAUCCGGCAAAAAGACCAUCCGCUGAGAAGCUGAUGAAGCAUCUGUUCUUCAAGAAAUGUAAAGGGGCGGACUUUGUGGUAAAGAACGUGUUGCAAGGCUUGUCUAGCGUUGAGCAGAGGUUUAUGGAAAGAAAGAGCCUGACGAAGAAUGGAAACGCCGGAGAAGACGAAGAAGAAGAAGAAGAUGAUGAUGAUGAGAAUAUAGUGAAGACCAGGAGAAUCAGCGGGUGGAACUUCCGUGAAGACGACCUACAACUUAGUCCCAUCUUCCCGACAGAGUCAGACACUUCAGGCAGCUCGAACACAACUCCACCGGAAGAAGCUGCAGAGGAUCAAGCCCGGGACAAGAAAGCAGCGGAACUCGAAGGUCAUGAUGAUGAUGGUGUUAACAUAAAACAAAACCAAGCUACAGGAUCAUCAACAAGCCAAGAGAGUGAGAAAAAUGAGGAAGAAGGUAAUAAGGAAGAGGUUCGAGUGGUGGGUUUGGAUAGAAACCUGAUGUUGGAGAAGCUGAUGAUGUUGAAGGAGAGCUUGGAGCAUCAAAGGGCUCGGGUUUCCAUUAUAAUAGAAGCCUUAGGAGGUGAAGGAGCGGUGGGGGAAGAGAAGAGUAAGGAAGAGGAGCUUCUGGUAAUGGUGGAGAAGCUUAAGCUUGAGUUGGAGACCGAGAGACAGAACAACUUUCGUGCAGAUAAAGAAAAGGAUUUGGCUUAGGUCUUGUCUUUGGUGAUUUUAUUUUUUGGUCGUUCAUUACAUAAUCUAAUAUGAGUUUCUUUUUUUCCCCUUCAUUUCCAUUGUGGAUUGUUUUAGAAUGGGAUAAUUCCAUUUAAAACCCUGUACUUUUCUCU